GAAAGGAUUCAAAAAUUAUAGUUACUCCGUCAUUUAACAUCACCAAACUGAAUCACACCGCUUUCAUUCUUCGGAUUUCUAGAUCAUUCUGCCGUCUACAAACCAAGGCGGUGUAACAAAUAUUCUGCGAAAAACGUCAUGUCGCAAAGACAUUCUCAUCUUCCAUAAACAAACCUUCCAAACCAUUCUACCUCACAAUCACCAUCAAUUCUUUUCAUCAUGGGUCGCAGCGACGGCAACGAGCGGGUAGUCAAACCCAAGAGAGAAAGAAAAGAAAAAAUCCCCAAGGAUCAGCGGGUUCGCAAAACUAAACUUCCCAAGGAUAAAGAUCCGCUUCGUACGAAUAAACCUGAAGUCCCGUUGAUGAAUCGUUCGGUGCACGCGAAAUGGGGCGCGCUUUUUAGAAAACAUCUUGGGGUGCUAGAGGCGCAUUGCAAGGCGUUGGAUAGGGUUCAACAGGCUAUGAAGAAUGAGAUGAAGAGCUUGAGCGAGGAGGAGAAGAAGGAGUGGCAGUUGAAUGAGGAGGGGCCGUGGAGGAUUCUUUGUGGAUUGUUGGAUAGAGGGAGGGAUACGUUGGUUAGCGGGAGGACGAUGGCGCAGUUUGUGCUACCUCCUCGUUUGAUCAAAGAUAAAAAGGGAUUGGGAGUUCAGGGCACAAGUUAUCAACCUCUUGUUCCACAACUCGAUGCUCGUCUCGCGGCGGAAAAAAAUGGCACUGCUACUACCAAGACCAAUGAGAGUAAUAACGAUAGUUCUGAUUCCUCCUCAGAUUCAGACUCAUCAUCCGAUUCCGACUCCGACUCCGAAUCCGACGCAGCAGAAGUAGGAGGAUAUGAAGAUGAAGAUGUGGAAAUGGAAGAUGCACCUGCCGCAGAAUCUAAAAAAGAUCUUUCAGCAAGUACGCCGGUGGAGACGGAACCAAGUGCGCAUUUUUUUGUUGAUACAGAACCAACUCCAAUCGCAGAUUUGAAUAAGAAGGAUAAGAAAGAUAAGAAGAGAAAGGCGGAGGAAGCUCUUGGGGGAAGAAAAUCAAAGAGAGAGAAGAAGAGCGAGGAAGAAAAGGAAAUGGAAAAGGACAAGAAAAUCGAGGAGGAAGAGGUUAAUUUUAAAGCUAUGGAGGCACAGUUGCAAGCGGAGGUUGAGGCGGGUAUGAAGGCUCAGGAGAAAAAGGCUCAGAAUGCGGAGAAAAAAGAGAAAAAGAGAGGGAGAGAGGGUAAUGGAGAGGAAAAUGAGGGGAAGAAAUCAAAGGAAAAGAAGAAUGAAAAAGUUGAGGAGGAAGUGGAGGAGGUUGAAGAGGCGGAGCCAGUGAUUGAGCCAGAGGUAGACAGUAAAAAGGAGAAGAAAUCGAAGAAGGAUAAAAAGAGAAAGGCAGAUGAUGUUGCGGCAGAAGAUGAACAAAUUGAUGGAAAGAGGAAGAGGAAAUCGAAAUAAGAGGUUUGUAAAUUGAAAGAGAAAUUUACCGGUAUAGCAUAUCCAAAUGAUUUUAAGCAAAUGGAGAGGAGCAUCUAGGCAUUGCGUGGAUGGAUGGAUAGAUGGGUGGGUGUGUUACUUAAUGAAUCAAAUUAAAUACUAUCAAAAUGAUAUAUGUACACUCUUACA